AUGACGCUGAAGGACCUUCUGAAAAAGAAAGAUAAAUCCAGAUAUGACGGCCACGCUCAACCAGUGUCUCCCGGGCUAAUAGUGCCUCCCGAGUUCAAAUUCAUUCGAUCAGAUACACACACUCAAGAAGCUAUCCUACCACCGAGUUUUGGUGACUCGCCAACUACAAGCGCUCCAGAGGCUAAACCUUUUGGCCGCCUUCACCGUUCAUCUAAUGCGUCUAAUAUCGCAGGGAAUGAGUGGUCGCCGCCAAGGGAGAAAGGAAGUAUUUCUCACCGGCUCCAUUUAGGCCGCAGGUCGAGAUCUGGAAGCACUUCUUCCAUCAACCUCCCCACGAACCUGCCGGCCGUGGAGGAAAACGGUGAUGCACAGGAAAGGGAAGCUCAGUGGGAGAAGCGUGCAACACUGUUGGCACAAGAGCCGAUGAAUAUCAGGCCUUCGUCACCACGGUCUCCAAGCCCGCGUUCACGAAGUUCAAGCAUGGGGAGACUGAGCGGCCCAGAGGAUGAUGUGAAUAUACAAGAGGCAAUCAAGCUACAUGAGGCAGGGGAGUUAACUAAGUCUACGAUGAUGUUCGGCCGCCUUGCCGACCCGAAUGGUCAGAAUAAUGCUUUGAGCCAGGUUCUCUAUGGAUUGGCACUAAGACACGGAUGGGGGUGUAAGCCAAAUCAUGAACUUGCCAUCACGUAUCUCUCAGCAGCAGCCGCCAACUCUGCCUCCAUCGAAGCGGAAGCCUUACGCGCGGGAAUAAAAAAAGGUGGGGCCGCAAAGGGCGAACUUGUCCUCGCAAUUUUUGAGUUAGCAAACUGCCUUCGUCACGGAUGGGGUGUAUCUAAAGACCCUGUGGCUGCGAGGCAGUAUUACGAAACCGCAGCGAAUUUAGGCGAUGCUGAUGCAAUGAACGAGGCGGCUUGGUGCUAUCUUGAAGGAUUCGGAGGCAAGAAAAACAAGUACAUAGCCGCCAAAUACUACCGUCUAGCGGAAGAAAAUGGAAAUAAAACCCUUGGUAAUACAUGGAUAUGGAAAGAAAAAUAUAACUCCAAGUAA